AUGGACCUCCUAGUAUCCCCGAUACUGCUGGCUCCGAUAACAGCACGCACAUUCAAUGACAGGGGAGUGAGCCUGAGAGCAACGGGCGUCACGGCGACCGUGGCGGUGGUGGCGUGGUGGAUGGCGCUGCUCAUGACCGCCACGGUGCUGCCGACCGCCCGCAGCCUCACCGCGCCGCAAGACCAGGCAGCGCUGGUGGCGGUGUGGCGCGGGGUGUACAGCAGCAGCGGGGGCAGCGCGGGCGUGCGCGCAUGGCGGCCCUCCAUGGACCCCUGCAACGAGCUCGCGCCCUUCCCUCUCAAGUGCAUGCCCACCGUGUCCGCCCAGCCCAGCCAGCACAUCGUGUCCCUCACGCUCUCAGGGCAGGCACUGCGAGGCACACUCAGUGCGGCGGUGGGAAACCUCUCCGACCUGGCAGAUUUUACGCUCAACGACACAAGGGUGGGCGGCACUCUGCCCCAAUUCCGCAGCUCCACACUGGUUGACCUCUCCAUUCUCAACAGCCCUGUGGAGGGCCCCAUUCCCUCCUUCUUCGCCACAUCAUCGACUCUCACCGCAAUAGCCAUCUCCGGCACGAGGGUCAACGGCAGCAUACCAGAGGAGUUUGUCAGCGCCACCAGCACGCUUCAGUCACUCAACUCCUCAAGUCUGUUCUCCACCCUCAUCAACUUCUCCACCCUCAUCAACUUCCCUCUCACAGAGCAUCCCCUUUCCCCAUCAUGUUCCAUCCUUCAGUUUCCCCUCCCCGUUUCUCUCCUUCACAACCCCUCCACCCACACACCACCUAUGCCAGACCUGGCAGGCAAUGCCCUAGACCUGGCAGGCAAUGCCCUGUCAGGCCCGCUGCCUUCUCAGCUCAUUCGAUCAGGCCUCUCGCUCAGGCUGUCUCCCAGCAACGCUGACCUCUGCAUCCCACCCUCCGCCGCUGCUGCUGCCGCUGCUGCUGCUGCACCUGCUGCCGCCGCCACCACUCCCACCACCACGCCCACCCCCACCCUCCCGCCCAACACCUCCAUCUGCCCAGCCUCCCCUCCUCCCCCCGCCGCUGCUCCCCUCCCCCCGCCCGCCCCCACCCUUCCCCCCGCCGCUGUUGCUCUCAUAGCAGCAGGGGGGGCUGCUCUUGUGGCGGUGCUGCUGGGUGCGGUGCUGUGGAGAGUGGUGGGGCGGGGGAAGGGGAAGGGGACGGGCGAGGAGGGGUUGAUAGAAGGCGCUGAGGCAGUGCCACGUGCCCGUGAGCAAGGUGGGCAGCAACUUGCCCACCUGGACGGAUCGGCCACGUGUACCGAGGAACCCUCUCUGAUGGGUGCGCUCUCCUCUCUCCCUCUCUGCCUCUCUGGCGGCUAUGAGGUGGCAGUGAAGAUGCUGCAUGCAACACCAGGCGGGGGGCAGGGGGAAGCGGAGUACCGGAUAGAGAUAGAGGUGAUCGGACACGUGCACCACCGCAACUUGGUGCAGCUCGUGGGGUUCUGCUGUGAGGAGGACUCGCGCCUGCUGGCCUACGAGUUUGUUUCGGGUGGCAGCCUCUCAUCUCGGCUGAGAGACAAGAACAACCCAAUGACCUGGGAGCACCGCGUGCGUGUGGCAGUGGGGUCAGCCAAGGGGCUGGCCUACCUGCACGAGCAGUGCGAGCCGCGCAUCAUUCACCGCGAUGUGAAGCCCGCCAACAUCCUGCUGGACGCCACUGGGGAGGCCAAGAUCGCUGACUUUGGGCUGGCUAAAGUCAUGCCUCAAGGCGUCAACGACAUGACCACCCGGGUGCUGGGCACGUGGGGGUACGUGGCGCCAGAGUACGUGGGCAGUGAGCGCGUGGGCGUGGCAGCAGACGUGUUCAGCUUCGGAGUGGUGCUGCUCGAGCUGCUGUCAGGCCAGUCGCCUCACAACACAGAGGACCUGCUGGAGCGGGCCGAGGCAUGUCUCUCAGAGGGAGGUCUGGAUUCAUUCGCCGACCCCGCACUGCUGGCAUCUGGCUUCGACGAGGAGCAGUUCCUGCGCGUGCUGCGCAUCGCCCUGCUCUGCCUCGAGUACAACCCCGACCAGCGGCCCCCCAUGGCCUCUGUCGUCCGCUUCCUCACCUCCCCGCACGCGCCUCUCCCUGAUGAGGACAGCCCUCUGGAGCCCAUCUUGGAAGGCUUGGGGGAUGGCCCUGGUGGUGGUGGUGGCGGUGGUGGUGGUGGUUAUUCGGAGAGCUCUGAUAGCAGUGGGGGUUUGGAGGAUGGGUCGGAGGGCAAUUUGGGGGAGGAGUUUUCAGCAGUGGCGGAGGGCACAGGGGACGCGCAGGUUCCCGCGGAGGGGGGCGAGGGCGGAACGGUGGAGGCUGGGGGGAGCAGCGGCGGGGUUGGGGGGGCAAAUGCGGAAAUGCCAGGGUUUCAGACCCCUCUGGAGCAGCUGUGGCAGCACAUCAAGGAGCUGCCGGACAGCAACCACGCCAUGCCCAUUGUGAGGGCGUGGGAGAGCAAUGGGAACACCGUUGACAUGCGCCUGGCCACACAGCUGAUCAAGAAGCUGAAGAACCACCGUCGCCCCAAGCAAGCUGCAGAGGUAGCAGAGUGGUUCGUGCAGCAGCCCGGCUUCCCCCGGCUAGAGGCGGACUACCAGCUCGCGCUCUCUGCUGUCAUCCGCGCGCGCAACGUGGCGGCCGCUCAGGCACUCUUCCUCGCCUUCCCACAGCCGUUUAGAACGGAGAAGGUGUACCAGCCGGUGUUUGGCCACGUGGCAAGGCGGGGGAGGUUCAUGUCAGUCGAGUCGCAGGUGGACUGGCUGAGGCAGCAGGGCGUGCAGGAGGGCAUCCCCUCGUUCAACGCGCGCCUGCAGGCUCUGCUGGCUGGCAGGCGGCGCUCAGGCAUGGUGGCGGGCAUUGGGGCGAUCAUGGAUGAAAUGCGGAGAAAGGGCUUCACCCCCAUUACAAUCACAUUCAACAUCAUCCUGGCCGGACUCGGCAGGGCCGGGCAGCUCAAAGAAAUGGAGUUCUACCUCGCUCAGAUGGAAAUGUACAACCUGACCCCGGAUCUGGCGACAAUGAACGCGCUGAUCUCAGCCUAUGUCAGCCACGGGGAGCCGGAGAAGGCACUGGAGUGGGAGAGGCGAUUAAAGACGUCGGGAGCGGGGCCAGAUAGAGGCACGUAUGCUGCCAUGCUGAAGGCGUAUGGGCAGAGCGGGCAGGUUGAUAAGCUGGAGUCGACGUGGAGUGAGCUGCUUGCGUCAAACGUGCCAAUGACAAGGAUGCUGCACAAGGCGCGCAUAGAGGGCUAUGGGCUGGCGGGUGAUGUGGGCAAGGCGGAGCAGGCAUUUCAAGAGCUGAGGGUGCAGCAGGCGCCAGUAACCGAGACGUUCAACUCGCUCGUAUUCGCAUACGCACACAACCGCCUCUUCCCCAAAGCCAAGGAAACAAUUCUCCAGAUGGAUGCAGCCGGCAUGCGCCCCGACGGCAUCACCUUCCUGCACCUCCUCCGCGGCUACCUCUCCGCGAACCAGAUCGACGAUGCGGUUACCACGUUACACGACGCGGUGGCGGCCGGCGCGCAUAGGGCGCGCAUGAAGCUGCCGUUCCACGCGUUCGCGGAGGUGCUGGGGGGGUUUGUGGAGGCGGGGGAGGUGGGGAAGGUGCGGGAGUUGGUGGGGCUUGCCCGGACCAUGUACCGUACCGAUGCGAAUCUCUUCAAUUCGAUUAUCACGGCUAUCGUGAAUGACUGGAGGAGGAGGGGAGUAGGAGAGGAUGUGGGAGACGGGGAGUUUGCGAGUGAGGUGCGGGGGGUGUUGGAAGAAAUGAAUGAUGCAGGGGUGAAGGCCAAUGGUGCGACAGAGGAGAUCUUGCACCCGUUGGGACUCGGCAAUCUGAUCGACGAGGUUGGGCUUGUUCGGGCAGUGCAGUGGCAAGGGGGGGCAAGGUUUUGA